AUGGAAACCCCUCAAAUCAGUGACAACACACUCGCGUUGGCUGCAGCAGAAGAGAAAGCAAUCAGCCCAUUGCAAGCAAUCAGAGAUUAUCAUCGCGCUUUCAUGUGGUGCUUAUGGCAAAGUGCUUUCAAUUCGGUCGGGUCGGUCGGUGGUAUAUUUGGUGGUAUAGCCGUUGGCUGGAUCGCGGAUAGAAUCGGACGUCGAGGUUCCAUUGCGAUCGCUUCUUUCAUCUCCAUAGGCGCUGUCUUCAUCCAAUUCUUCUCUCCUUCUCACAACAAUGCCAUGCUCCUCAUUGUCGGUCAAUUCAUCGCCAAUUGCGUCAUCCAGGGACUGGGUUCUAGAGAGGAUAGGAAUGCCUAUCGUAUUCCAUUUGCUUUACAAUGGAUCUUCCCUGUCAUCCUCUUGAUCGGGUUGCCUUUCGCUCCCGAAUCACCCUGGUAUCUAGCGCGAAAGGAGCGUGAUGAAAAGGCAAGAAUGGUUCUGCAAGUACUAGGUACGAAAGAUCUGGAUUUGCAUCUCCGUCAGAUUCAAGAAACCAUCGCUUUAGAAGAUCAUUAUGCCGCUCAGACCACCUACGUGCAAUGUCUCAGAGGCAGUGACCGUCGACGAACUAUCAUCGCUCUGAUGGUCUUCAUCCUGCAACAAAUCUCAGGUGUCAUCUUCGUAUUAGGUUACAGCACGUAUUUCUUCCAACUUGCCGGUUUCGCGACGUCAGAUUCCUUCAAAUUGGGUGUAGGAGUCACCGCCAUUGGUGUAUUCGGUAAUCUAUCUGCUCUGUAUUCCGUGAACAAGCUUGGACGAAGAACAUUAUUCCUAGGAGGGAUGAUAGGUUGUACCAUUAUCAAUUUCGGCAUAGGCUUUUCCUCCAUUUCAGAUACCAAAGCGGCUAGAUGGGCUGAGGCAGUCUUUACCCUCAUAUUCGGACUUGUCUAUCAAGGAAGUAUCGGUCCUUUGGGAUAUGUGAUUUUCUCAGAAGUCAGUUCCGCCAAGUUACGAUCCAAAACGGUCGGAAUAGGAAUUUGCGUCAAUUCGUUGUGUGGGAUGUUGGCGAAUAUCAUCAUACCCAUCUGGACAUGGCUCUAUAUCCCAGAAACGAAGAAUAGGACUGUCGAUGAACUUGAUUCGCUAUUCGAGGCAAAAAUCUCAUCAAGGAAUUUUGCCAAAGCCGAAGUCGAUCGAUAA